AUGUUAUUAUGCAAAGCAUUGACUUACGCUUGCAGCUCCAAUGAACAUGUUCGCAGUGUAUUCGAGCAUACGGAGAGACGAUUAAGUAAUAACACCAGAUAUACUCAAGAUACAUCUAAUGACACUUUGAAAAUGAAGUUUGGGUUACCAAUUCACAUAGGAGACAAUAAUGAUUCUGAAAUAGGGACUUUGUGUUGUCCUGUACAAGAAAGUAUAGGGUACCGAAUUACAAUUGUUGGAUUGGUUGAGAAUGGUAAAGAAGUAAUUGUUAUAGCGAACGGAGAUAAGUUACAAUUUUACAAAUUCUCAGAAAAGCUUGGUCUUUGUCUUUAUAUGAUUGUUAAGCUACGGAAUGAUGCACGUCGAGAUCAGCGUAUCAGUCAGAUAGAAGUUCUGCAUCUUAACAAGACCAUGCCCGCAUUAAUUGUGUGUCUAUUUGAUAACAGAGUCAUAUAUAUAGUAAACGUGAAAACAGGAAAAAUGAUGUCCUCGAUUGAUUUGAAAAUCACCUUUGAAAAGUUUGUGUGCUCUGGAUCAGACGUUCUUCUUUAUGGUGACUGUUGUUAUAUCACCCUUGUGAGAAUUAGCUCCAAUGCGACGCGUAUGCAUAGAUCAAAAAUACAGCAUUUAAAUUUUUGGGCUCAGGGAUUUAUUAAAUUAGAUCCUAAUCGCCUUGUAGUUGUGAGUGAAAAGGGUGACUUUUCUUUGUGCAAACUAGAUUGUAACGGUGAAUUUGAGAAUACUGCUGAUACUGAUUGCAAUGAAGUGAAAAUUGGUAUCAAGUCUUACGGGAAAAUUUAUUUUAUUAAGGAACUUAUGCCGGGCUAUUUGUUAAUCUGCCAAGAAGUAGGCUGGUCUGUGUACAAAGUUGCUGGCUCUUUUCCUGACUUGGAUGAAAUUGUAUCCUCACCUACACCAUCAACUUUUGAAAAUAUUUCUACGGGCUCAAGCACGUUUCAAUUCGCCAUAUUGAUGUCAAACUGCCAAAUUAUGUAUGUCAAUAAUGGAAGUGUCGUUAUAAUUGACAAGGGAACUGCGGUUGGCGUGUUUGGUAUUGGAGAUAGAUUAUUCGGGCUAUUCACUUCAAGAAAUUUAAUGGAUAAUGCAACUGAUAUCGCUAUCAAAUAUUUGCAAUCCGAUGUUUUAAUCUCAGGAGCCAAAUUCACAAUUUUGGAUAAAGAUUGUUCCUCCUUGUUUUCAUUCUAUGAUGAUGUUGUUCUCGAAGGUGCUAUUUUAUUAGUUGAUGGUAAUCAUGAGUUAUGUGUUCGGUCUACUGAUGGUGUCGCAUUAUCGAUACUUGGGAUAUUCACUCGUCCACUGUUGCUAGCAAUUAAUGCUACAUCAAUGCUUCAAAAGCUUCAAAAGCAGAAUUAUUUAUGUUUACUUCUAGUUGAUGUAGAUGGAGGAUGA